AUGGCGACGAAAGGGAACAGAGACAUUCGGAACCACUAUCUGUUCGAGAUAGCCACCGAAGUCGCCAACCGAGUCGGCGGUAUCUACUCUGUCAUCAAGUCCAAGGCGCCCGUCACCACAGCUGAAUAUGGCGACCGAUACACUCUUAUUGGGCCGCUCAAUAAGCAAUCUGCCGCCGUCGAGGUGGAAGCCCUGACGCCUACGAACCCACAUCUCGCGGCGACCAUCGCGUCGAUGGAGGAGCGAGGAAUUGGCAUUGUAUACGGGCGAUGGCUAAUUGAAGGCGCUCCACGAGUCCUACUGAUCGACACGAAGACGGCCUACAAAUUUCUGGACGAGUGGAAGGCGGACUUGUGGAAUACGGCUGGGAUCCCAUCACCACCAGGCGAUGACGAGACCAAUGAGGCCGUGGUGUUUGGCUACCUGGUCGCGUGGUUCUUGGGAGAGUUUGUUUAUCACGAGAAGGAGAAGGCCGUCAUUGCACACUUCCACGAAUGGCUGUCUGGUGUAGCUCUUCCCCUCUGCAAAAAGCGCCGAAUCGACGUGACGACCAUCUUCACUACACACGCGACCCUCCUGGGACGAUAUCUAUGCGCAGGCUCGGUCGAUUUCUACAAUAAUCUCCAAUACUUUGACGUGGAUGCCGAGGCGGGGAAGCGUGGUAUCUAUCACCGCUACUGCAUCGAACGUGCCUCUGCACACGCUUGCGAUGUGUUUACCACAGUCUCCCACAUUACCGCUUACGAGAGCGAGCACCUCCUGAAACGAAAGCCAGAUGGCGUCCUUCCCAAUGGCCUCAAUGUCACGAAGUUCUCCGCGGUGCAUGAGUUCCAGAAUUUGCAUCAACAAGCCAAGGAGAAGAUUCAUGACUUUGUUCGAGGGCACUUCUAUGGGCACAAUGAUUUUGAUCCGGAGAAUACUCUGUACGUAUUUACUGCUGGCCGAUAUGAGUAUCGAAAUAAGGGCGUGGAUAUGUUCAUUGAGUCACUUGCACGGUUAAACCACCGACUGAAAUCCUCCGGAUCGAAGAUGACCGUUGUUGCAUUCAUCAUCAUGCCGGCACAGACCCAAUCUCUAACCGUGGAAGCUUUGAAGGGACAAGCGGUGAUCAAAUCUUUGCGGGAUACCGUUGACGUUAUUGAGCGCGGUGUUGGGAAACGGAUAUUCGAGCGAGCCCUGAAAUGGCACGAUGGAGACCCAAUGCCGGAUGCGAAGGACCUCGUCACCAGCCAGGACAGAAUCCUGCUUCGACGACGAUUAUUCGCUAUGAAAAGACACGGCCUUCCUCCGAUUGUUACGCACAAUAUGGCCAAUGAUGCCGAGGAUCCAAUCUUGAAUCAGAUCCGGAGAGUCCAAUUGUUCAAUCACCCUACGGACCGCGUCAAGAUCGUCUUCCACCCAGAAUUCCUGAAUUCUGCCAAUCCCGUUUUGCCAAUGGACUACGACGAGUUUGUUCGAGGCACACAUCUCGGCGUUUUCCCAUCUUACUACGAGCCAUGGGGUUAUACACCAGCCGAGUGCACGGUCAUGGGCGUCCCCAGUAUCACGACCAACCUUUCCGGGUUCGGGUGCUAUAUGGAAGAGCUGAUCGAAAAUUCUACCGACUACGGUAUCUACAUCGUGGAUCGUCGCAUGAAAGGCGUCGAUGACUCUGUCAACCAGCUUACUACCUUUAUGUAUGACUUCGCAGGCAAGUCAAGACGUCAACGUAUCAACCAAAGAAACCGCACCGAAAGGCUUAGCGACCUCUUGGAUUGGAAACGCAUGGGUAUGGAGUAUGUCAAGGCUAGGCAGUUGGCCCUCCGAAGAGCAUACCCUGCGUCCUUCGAUGGCGAGGAGGAUGACUUCAUCGCUGGCCCUGAUCAGAAGAUCUCGAGACCGUUCUCCGUCCCAGGGUCGCCCAGAGACCGCAGUGGUAUGAUGACGCCAGGCGAUUUCGCCAGCUUGCAAGAGGGGCGAGAGGGAUUGAGCACGGAGGAUUAUGUUGCUUGGAAAUUACCUGAGGAGGAAGACCCAGAUGAAUACCAAUUCCCUCUUACCCUGAGAACGAAGAAACCCACUGGGCCGACUAGCCCUGCUGAGGAUGUAAUUACAAACGGCAGUAGCAAAGCGUCGACGUAG